GUGAGGAACUCGUCCACGCUCCUGUUCAGCACUCUGAUCACCAGGAUUUUUGGAGUAAAAAGAGGAAAAGAUGAGCACUCGAAGAAGAACAGGAUGACGGGUCGCGAGUUUUUCACUCGUUUUCCGGCUCUUUAUCCAUUUCUGCUGAAGCAGCUGGAGGAAGCUGCAGCCUCGGUGGAAAGUGACAGUGGCCAUGUUAAGCUCCACCCCAGCCUGUUCUUACUGCUGCUGGUUCUCAGCCGCCUCUAUCCUUCACCCAUGGAUGGAUCCUCUUCACCUCUAAGUCUUGGUCCAUUUAUCCCUUUAAUUAUCAGAUGCGGUUCCUCUGCUGUAUAUCGUACCAGAGAAAUGGCUGCUYGUGCCCUGGUCCCCUUUGUUUUCCUCACUAAGGUCCCCUCUGUUGUCCUGUCCUUAAUACAGGAUCUCCCAACAGAACCGGGACCCCAGAUCCAACAGAACCACAUCCAUGGAACCCUGCUGCAGGUGCUGUUCAUCCUGCGCUCCUUCCAGACAGACUCACACCGACCCCUACCAACAGGAARUGGCAUUAGUGAAGCCGUCCAUCAGCGCAUGUGGCUCGCCACCAAACAGAACAACUGUUUGGUGACCAGAGGAGCCUUUUUAGACGUGUUGGUGUGUCUUUGUGGCUGCAAGACCAGCCUGCUAGAAGAUGCAGAGGUCAGCGCUCUCCGUCAAAAGGCUCUUGUGGUUCUCAUGGCCUCAGAACUGCUCACUUCGGACCUUUCUGCUGUCUCUGGACUGGGCAGCACUCAGUACCUGCUCAGCCUGGCCCACAUGGCCCUCAGUGUCAGUGAUCAUAAUUCUGAUCUGCAGCCGAGCUCCCAGCUCCUGGAGCAUCUUCUGAGAUGUCCACAUUACGAGGUGAGGGAGCGGGCUGUGGAGGGCCUCCUGAGCAGACUGAAGGAGGAGGACCUACAGAUGAGGCCUCAGUGGCUGGAACAGACCACCAUGUCCAACCUGAUCCACCUUGCCCUUCAUGAGAAACACCACCAGUGUUUGGCCAAGUGUGGAGCUUCACUCUGCUGCCCUGAGGCUCGUCUCUCAGCUGCUGGUGGAACAGGUGACCUCUGACCUCCAGGCUGCCAGCAGAYUGGACUGUUUACCUGAGUGGGUGGAGCUUCUGUGCUCCUGCUGUUCUGAAGAACAACCUGCACAGGUGAAGCUGACGGCUGCUGAGGUUCUAGUUUCCUGUACCUCCUCCCUGCUGACGAGUCCUCACCUGCCUCUAGGUCUGACAGCUACAGUCUCCCUGUGGAGGAGUCUGUUCACCUUACUGCAGGACGAAGACCAGGAGGUCCGAGACUCUGCGUCUGACUUCACCUGUAAUGUUCCAGCUCACCUGCUCCACACAG